CUUUGAAUCAAGUUUCUUUCAAACGUAUCGGCGACAAGGCGCCAGAAAUUUACUGCACAACAACAUGGCUGAAUCGGACAACCUAUCUGAGGCAGUGAAAUGCCUUACCGAAAUGUCUGAAGAAACCCCUCAAAGUACCUCAAAAGAAGAAGAAGGAAGCACAGCAGUCGAUAAAGAAGUCGAAAUUCCCAGACCGUCUGCGACUGAUGAUCACGACUAUGUGGAAGGGGCAGAGAGUAACCCCUCACACGAAAAGUUAGACAUUAUCAAUUUACCGUGUGUGACGGCUGUCGAUGCCGUAGAAUCUGUCCACCCAACGGCGUUAUUUUCCUCACCACAGCCUGUUGUCUCGUCAAAAGCAAUAGCUGAUAUUCUACAACCAGUUAAAGGUACUACAAAGGCAAAGUUUGAUCAAAGCUGGACCAGUAUAGGCGUGUGGUCAAACCCGUACAAAGGCUAUCUCUCCAGCCAUGAAGAAUUAGAACGAGCCAUCAAAAUGUACACGGAAGAAACUGACUCCCGAUGGGUGGUGUCAGCAAAAGAUAAACUGUUCAGUUCAACUGAUAUCAAGCUCAGCAGUUUCAAAAUAUUCUGGAGAGGACGAGAAGACGACAGAAAAGCUGUGUUUCCGGACUUUGACGGGCUGCCUUUCAUUAUGGUUGGGCGUAAAAGCUGGGGUUGUCAUCUUGGACGAGACAAAUGUCGGUCGGGAAAGAUUAAAUACCGAACCAAACUGCAGGAUGACAGUCAGGAGGGCACCGAUGACAAGUGGCCACUUAUCCGCUCGUCAAAAAAACUUGGAUGUCCAGCGACGCUUAGCGGUGUUCAUAUUCUCAAGUUCCGUGACUUUCCGAUGUCACCAAACAUGAGUGAGUUUCACCGCAAGCAGACACUGAGGAGACUCCGACUGUCCUUGUUGUCUAAACACAGUAUCGUCAAAGCCGAACAGCGUUUCUAUAUCAACCUGUCUAAGCUAGAUGAACACAUCCAUGAGACAAAUCCACCUCAGGAUAGUGUAGCUCCAACUCUACGAGUAGAGAAGCACCUCAUUUAUAAACUCACCGAGUUAUAUCACUCAGGGGUGUUGAGAUUGGCUGAUAUGAACAAAGAGAUUGAGAAGUAUGUGAAGGAGCUUUAUAAAGAUGAAGAGCUGCCGUCCAAGGAAGUCUGCCCCGAGUUGUACCCAAGCCUAAACUGUCAGCACUUCCUCAUCUCCCACGCUGUUAAAGUGACGAGUCUCUUGGAGAUGGAUCUCGGCCAUUGCCAUCGCCUCAUCAGCGGCUGGCAGGUAGACUUCCCCAACGACAGCUGGUACUAUCAGCCCUUUGCAUCAUGCGGCCCGAUCAAACGCGCCAAGAACAAGCAAAACAAGAGACUGCUUGGGCACUAUCCCGACAUGAAGCAGACGUUCCUCUUCUGUUGUCAGAACGAGGGACAACGCCAGCUCCUGCAUACCUACGGUUCAGUCUGCGUUCUGGACAGCCCCCACGGGAAGACCGUCCUGCCGACGUACUUCCUGCUGGUACGCACCAACGCCGGGUACCAGGUGGUGUCGACAAUCAUCAUGCAGUUCUGGAACAGUAACAUGUUAGUUGAAGCCAUGCAGGUCAUCAAGGACUGGAACCCUGACUGGCAGCCAAAGGCUUUACUGGUUGAAAUGAUCGAGGAUGAGGUACCAGUCUUGGAGGUGCUCUUCCCAGAAUGUCAGGUGCUGGUCUCGUUCGUCCAUCGUGAGAGGGCGUGGCUUGACUUCUUUUCCAACGAGGAGGACCAGUCUUACGUCCUUAGCCUUCUAGAUCCCAUGUUCUUUGCAAAGACGAAGGAAGACUUCAACGAUGCCCUCAAGGCCCUUCAAGAGACCCCUCUAUGGACGGAAAACAAGAGAUUUCAGUUCUGGAUGAGGGUCAGAUGGCUGCCAUGUUAUCCGAAGUGGUCGAUAGCAUUCUUCAGUGAAGAAACUCUUUUCACCAUGUGCGCCAACAAUGGUCUGGACUUGUUACGUGAGGCUUUGGAGUAUACAUGGUUGGAGAAUGUCCGUAGUCGGAGCCUGAGCGAGCUGCUAACCUGCCUGGCCAUGGACGAGCUGCCAAGAUUAUUCAAGAGCUACACAAAGAAAAACAUCUCCAUGCAAGCCGCUACAAGGUACCAGGUAAACCCAAAGCUUCCGAUGUACAUCCGACAUCUACCGGUACCCGUCCGCCCAUUCAUCAACGAGGUUCUGUCCUCAACGCCGAUGAUGCAGGUAGUACUGAUAUCCGAGGGACGAUAUCUCGUCAGUUUCCAGGACGUUGACGAUAGAUUCCGGGUCUCGUUCGGUACCGAGGACGAGUACCCAUCAUGCGACUGUUGGACCUGGAAGAGCAAGAUGGAAAUCUGUGAGCACUUCUGCGCAGUGUUCAAACAGUGCAUCAACUGGCACUGGUGCAAACUCUCCCCCUUGUAUACGGACAACCCGAUCUUCAAAAUUGACCAGUCGCAGUUGGACCUGCCCUUUCAGGACACGCCCAGAUGCGGGGACCAGGCCCAAACAGACAUCUUCAGACAUAAGGAGUUCUUUCAGGUUGCGAUGGAUGACUUCGGAGCAGUGGAGGAGGUGUUAGAACACAAUAUGAGCAGUGACGGUGAUGCCGACACAGCCGGCGAAGACAUGGCCGGCGAAGACAUGGAUGACAUGGACGACGUCGUGAGUGACUCCUUGGAGCUGAACGUGAAACAAACAACGUGUAACAGUCUCUUGGAGAGGCUGGGUCAGGUUUCCAAGCAUGUGACCAACUCAAGCGCCAUGGACUUCAUGACCACUAAGAUGGUAGAGCUACUCCAGCAGAUGCAGCAGUAUGACAACGUUAUCGUUGUCAGGGAGAAACGGGAGGCAACACCCUCAUCAUCCCUUGAUAACGGCGGGGGACGGAAGAAAUUACGCAGCGGGCCAUCUCCACCAAGGGUUACUCGUCAAGUAAAGAAAGCUGUGUCAUUAUCGAACAACAGUCCACAGAAGCAGCUACAUGACCUGGAUUUGGGUUCAGGUGGUGGCGCAGAUUUCACAGGUGACAGUUGACAAAGGUGACCAACGUGCCAUGGUUAUUAUUCCCCUCAAUGCAAAGCAAUUCUGGCGUGUCAUGGCUAUGCGGUUUAGAGUAUCCGACUCCAGAUCUGGGGGCCGAGUUAUCAUGGUGUGGGUUUGAAUGCCGGUCAUGACAAUUGUGUUAUAAUUUUAACUAGAAUUGCUCAUAUGUUCACCCAGUGGUAAAAAGGUACUUGGUGAGGGCAGAGAUGGUUCUUGUAAUUGAUUAAGCUUGGUGCAGUACUCGGCAACACAAGGCUGUAUACUCCCAUGGGAGCUGAUGUGGUUUAAGAAAUUAAUAACACGUGAAGAAUUUAAACCCUAUAUGAGAAGUCACUAUUAUUUUUAUUUCAUUUAUACAUCGUCUAUAAGAACAUUCCUACUCACUAUGUCGUGCAUUGAGACAGAAUAAUUCCAAAGUCUAUUGACUCAAUUCACCCGACGUCAUCAUCAGAAAAAUCUUGAAUGCGCCAUACUGGUGGGCAACUUCACUGUGUGUUUUUAUAUACAACUCUAUGCUGUGGUUAUGCAGUACAGUGCGCAUUUUAAGCGGCGCGGCGUUAACACACGCAAGCCUAACUGGCUGUAAGACACCACCUUUUGCUCAGUAUUUAAGAUCGAUUCCUAUCUUAACUCUUGCAGUGUCCUUUUUUUUUGCAUGUUGAACCAAUGGUCAAUUUUUUGAGCUUUUUCUAAAUUCUGUUUUUGAAGGAAAAAAGUCUUUCCCACAAAACAAAAGGUAUCUUGCUGAUUUGUUAAAAGGCAGUG